CAAGGAACCGGAAACCAAUAUAACAGAAAAUAUGAGAUCUCUCAGAAACUUUUUUCUUUACAAAUGUCUGUUUGCAUUAACUUUUUGGAACUAUAUCAGCCUGUCUAUGGCAAAUGAACUCUUUAAAUCUGUUUCUAACGAUUUUCUGGAAGAUGGUUCUGACAAAAAAAUCAAGAGCCUGCCACUCCUGUAUACAAAUAGUCAUCAGUCCAAAGCUAAUUUUGACUGGGUUGUGAUACAAAAUACUACAGAAAGCCUGUCAUUGUCAGAAAUCACAAAUGACAAUGUAAAAAAAUUAGUAGCUUUAUUAUCUAAUUUCAGACAAGGCUCCAGGUUACAAAAUCUGACACUGACAAAUAUGUCAGUGGACUGGAAUGCUCUUACUGAAGUUUUUCAGACUGUAUGGCACUCAUCCAUUGAAUACUUCAAUAUUAGCAGUCUAACACAAUUGUCGGACAUCAAAAGCUGUGACUUUGACUAUUCAGGUACCUCUAUGAAAGCAUUGACAAUAAAGAAAGUUUUAAUCACAGAUCUGUACUUCUCACAGGAUGACCUAUACAAAAUAUUUGCAGACAUGAAUAUCGCAGCCUUGACAAUAGCUGAAUCAGAGAUGAUACAUAUGCUGUGUCCUUUGUCUAACAGUCCCUUUAAAUACUUAAAUUUUUCAAAGAAUGAUUUAACAGAUCUUCUUUUUCAAAAUUGUGACAAAUUAAUUCAACUGGAGACAUUAAUCUUGCAGAAGAAUAAAUUUGAGAGCCUUUCCAAGGUAAGCUUCAUGACCAGCCGUAUGAAAUUGCUGAAAUAUUUGGACAUGAGCAACAACUUGCUGAGUCACAUUGCAGCUGACGUGCAAUGCCGGUGGGCUGAGUCUCUGACAGAGUUGGACCUGUCCUCAAAUCAGUUGACGGAUUCCGUGUUUGAGUGCUUGCCAGUCAACAUCAAAAAACUCAACCUACAAAACAAUCAGAUCACCAGUGUCGCCAAGGGGAUGGCUGAGCUGAAAUCGCUGGAGGAGCUGAACCUGGCAUCGAACAGGCUGGCUGACCUGCCGGGGUGCAGUGGCUUUAUGUCCCUGGAGUUCCUGAACACAGAGAUGAAUUUGAUCCUCACCCCAUCUGCCGACUUCUUCCAGAGCUGCCCAAGGGUCAAGGAGCUACAAGCCAGGCACAACCCGUUCAAGUGUUCCUGUGAACUGCAAGACUUUAUUCGUCUGGCGAGGCAGUCUGGGGGGAAGCUGGCUGGCUGGCCGGCGGCAUAUGUGUGCGAGUACCCGGAAGACUUGCGAGGAACGCAGCUGAAGGACUUCCACCUGACUGAACUGGCUUGCAACACGAUGCUCUUGCUCGUGACAGCUCUGCUGCUGACGCUGGUGCUGGUGGCUGUCGUGGCCUUUCUGUGCAUCUACCUGGAUGUGCCGUGGUACGUGCAGAUGACGUGGCAGUGGACGCAGACGAAGCGGAGAGCUUGGCACAACCACCCCGAAGAGCAGGAGACCGUUCUGCAGUUUCAUGCGUUCAUUUCCUACAGCGAGCGCGAUUCAUUGUGGGUGAAGAACGAGCUGAUCCCGAACCUGGAGAAGGGGGAGGGCUGCGUACAACUGUGCCAGCACGAGAGAAACUUUAUCCCUGGCAAGAGCAUUGUGGAGAACAUCAUUAACUGCAUUGAGAAGAGCUACAAGUCGAUCUUUGUGUUGUCUCCCAACUUUGUGCAGAGCGAGUGGUGUCACUAUGAGCUGUACUUUGCCCAUCACAAAUUAUUCAGUGAGAAUUCCAACAGCUUAAUCCUCAUUUUACUGGAGCCGAUCCCUCCGCAUAUUGUCCCCGCGAGGUAUCACAAGCUGAAGGCUCUCAUGGCAAAGCGAACCUACCUGGAGUGGCCGAAGGAGAGGAGCAAGCGUGCCCUUUUCUGGGCUAACCUGAGGGCAGCUAUUAGUAUGAACCUGCCAAUGGCUGAUGGACAGUGGUGUGGGGAAACGGAUUAAGAAUCUUUCUAAUGGUUUUUCUUCUGUUUUUUUUCUUGGUGAAGC